AUGAUCGAGACAUUGAUAGCAAACCAAGCAGCCCAAGCUGCUCAACUUCAAACAGCACAAGCUCAGGUUGCCGAAGCACAAGAUGCACAAAUCCAGGCGCAAGCACAGGCAGCAGAGAUGCGCAACCAAAUGUUAACCACCCGUCUACAUGCAGAGGAAGCCCAGGCUAGGGCUCAAGUUCAUAAUUCAGGACAGACUUCGGCACAAAAUCAACUUCAAUUUCAGAAUCAGACAACAGCAACACCCGUCACUACAGUCAUCGCUUCAGAAAUCAACGCUGUCCCAGUCACUUCUGUUACCAUCACAGCAUCCCGUCCUUGGGAAAUACCCAGGGAUCUUAAUCAAGAUAGGUAUCAACAAGAGUUCGUUCCACCAAAUGCUCCUGUCUUCACUAAUGUGCCUCCCGUUGUUCACUAUACUCCUCACCUAGGAGAACCUGUCUAUCACGGCCCUACCCCAAGUGAGGAUCCUGGUCUCAAUGAUAGAAUGGAUGAAUUCCAGGAUCAGUUUGCGGAAUUACAAAAAGAGAUAAAAGCUCUUCGUGGGAAAGAACUGUUUGGCAGAGAUGUAAAUGAUAUGUGUUUGGUUCCAGACGUAAGGAUGCCAGCAAAAUUUAAACUACCAGAAUUUGAAAAGUACAAAGGAAACCGAGAUCAGUUGAGGUCCAUGCAACAAAGAGAAAAGGAGACAUUUCGUGAAUACGCGCAAAGGUGGCGGGAAAUUGCAGCACAGGUUGUUCCACCUAUGGAAGAAAAGGAGAUGACGAAAGUGUUCUUAAAGACUCUUGAUACUUUUUAUUACGAGAGGAUGAUUGCAAGCGCUCCUACAGACUUUACUGACAUGGUAAACAUGGGAGUCCGUUUAGAGGAAGCAGUUCGAGAAGGGCGUCUAGUCAGAGAAGGAAGUUCAUCUUCAAGCGGGGCAAAGAGGUACGGCGGUUUUAUGAAAAAGAAGGAACAAGAAACUAAUGCUGUGUCCUAUAAUCAUCCAAGAAGGAUCAAUUAUCCUUACCAUUCCCAACACCAACAUAUAGCAGCCGUGACUCCAGUAAUCACUUCCGCUCCAGUUCAAGUCCAAUACCCUCAGCAGCGUACCAACCGCUUCCAACAGAAUACUCAGUAUCAGCAACAACAUCAAUCUCAACAACAUCAACAUCAGUUACAACAACGUCCACCACAGCAGCAAAGAAGAACCAAUUUUGAUCCAAUUCCAAUGUCAUAUGCAGAAUUGUAUCCAGCUUUGAUCACUAAAAACCUUGUGCAACCACGACCACGACCUCUUGUACCAGAAGUGCUACCUUGGUGGUACAAGCCAGAGGUAUCUUGUCCCUUUCAUCAGAAUGCUCCAGGUCAUGACUUAGACAACUGUUUUGCUCUAAAGUUGGAAGUACAGAAGUUGACAAGAGCAGGUAUCCUGACCUUCAAGAACAUGGGUCCCAAUGUGAAGGACAAUCCAAUGCCAAGUCAUGGUCCUUCAUCAGUGAACAAUAUAGAAGUUUGUCUCAAUGAACAACGUGUUACGAAGAUAGAGGAGAUUCGGCGGUCUUUGGUUGAAAUUCAUUCUGUUUUAUGUGCUCAUGGUCUAUUCCAACAUGACCACCAGAUCUGUGGUACAUGUUCAGUCAAUUCAAGAGGUUGUAGAAAGAUUCAAGAUGAUUUGCAAGGCGUCCUUGAUCAGGGUUUGAUUCAGAUUUCUAGACAAGUGAGUUCUCCAGAAUCACAAGAACAAGAGGUGAAGGUCAUCAUUCCUUGCUUCAACAUUCCAGAGAAAGUAGAGAUAGCUUAUCAUCCGAGGGAGCCAGUGGUGAUUUGCCCUCCGGGCCCAAUGCCUUACACUUCAGAUAAAGCGGUCCCCUACCGCUAUGCAGCAACUAUUAUUGAGAACGGUAAAGAGGUCGAGAUUAAAACCUUAGCCUCAGUUACCAAUAUCGCAGCAAAUAGCCGAAUGACGUGCAGUGGCCGCGUGUUCGCUCCGCCGGUUAUCCCAAGUAGAAAUGUUGAGAAAGAUCCAAUAGUCGUGGUACCAGUGACAAGAGAAGCAGAAGGGCAAACAAGCAAUUCAACCCUUGAUAAAGAAACAGAUGAACUACUUAGAAUUAUCAAGCUCAGUGACUACAAAGUGGUGCUUGAUCAAGCCUUUGUAGAACAGGAUAUAACAGCAGAGCAGUUCAACAAUGUUGUAGGCAGCAUCACUUCGUGCAAUGGCUUAGGCUUUUGUGAUGAAGAACUGCCAGAAGAAGGAAAGAAUCACAACUUCGCUCUCCAUAUCUCAUCCAAUUGUCAAGGGGAUUCUUUGUCUAAUAUCCUAAUUGACACCGGUUCAUCUCUGAAUGUCAUGCCCAAGUCUACCUUGGUGAAGCUAAAGUACAAAGAGGGGCAAAUGCGGCACAGUGGAAUUAUUGUGAAAGCGUUUGAUGGAUCAAGAAAAUCAGUCAUUGGAGAAGUUUAUUUGCCUAUUGGUAUUGGACCACAUGUAUUCCAGAUCACUUUCCAGGUUAUGGAUAUAGUGCCAGCUUAUAGCUGUCUGCUCGGACGCCCAUGGAUUCAUGAGGCGGGUGCCAUUACAUCCACGUUACACCAGAAGUUAAAAUUUUUCAAGAAUGGGCAAAUAGUGACGGUUAAUGGGGAGCACGCUAUGCUGAUUAGCCACCUUUCAUCGUUUAGUGUGAUAGAAGUAGACGAGACGGCUGUUCAAACUCCAUUUCAGGCCCUGACCAUCGAUGAUUACAAGAAAAGUGAAGGUUCAAUCGCGUCAUUCAAAGACGCCCAGCAGAUUGUCAAGACAGGUCCUACAGAAAUGUGGGGCAAGGUGAUAGAGUUGCCAGAAAAUGUUAACCAUGCAGGAUUAGGCUUUGUUGAUGGAAAACAAGUGCAGACUUCAGUGGUGCGACCUUUCAAAGAUAUCUUUCACAGCGGUGGGUUUAUCAACAUGGUAGCAAUUGAGGAGGAUACUUUUGAGGGAAAGACAGAAGACGAAGGCCCCAGAUUCGUGACACCAGGACUCAGACUCAUGGAAGAUGUCACCAUUGACACUGGAAGACCUCUGAAUACUCGGAAUCUGAAGAGCAUCGGAAUCAUUGAUCAAGUCAGAGCCAAACCAACACUUGAUACCUCCUCGGAAGCACUCAAAGAUCAGAGGGAGAUUCCCAAUGGACUCUACCUGUUCUCCAAGAUUGACCUUCUAGAGGUAAUAGCUACUAUCUAG